ACAGAUCUAAUUUCAGUAUGAGUGUCAAUCGUGUCAAUUAUUAACAAUUGCCUGGUGUGUGUAUUGUUUUUGUAGAAAGUGUAAAUUAACCCAAAUGCCCGAAUAAAUUCGGACACAAUGGCAACAAAGCAAGUUGCAAAUAUGAAAAAUGAACAUCAGACUCCGCACUCACCCGUCAACGAUCAGCAUAUUUUUCACACAGAGAAAUGGCAACGUUUUUCGGACUGGCUCCAUUGCAUCUGUGUUGUGAACUUCGAUUUGGAAUUGGGACAAGCGAUGGAGGCCAUUUAUCCACCACACGUCAAGCUGGGCGAACAGGAAAAAACCAACAUAUGCUAUCUGGCGUUUCCCGAUUCCAAUUCCGGUUGCAUGGGCGAUACUCUGUUCCAUGUCCGGCUACGAGUGGCUCCAGCAACGGAAAAUACAUUGUUGAAACCGCAACACAUACGUUUCAACAAUCAAUGCAUUCCGGUACAACGAGCUGACGCGGGACAUUAUUGGGGCUUCGUUUAUUUCCGUCAGAUCAAGGACACUCGCCUUCCACGUGGAUAUUUUCAAAAGAGCAUAGUCCUGCUAACCCGACUACCAUUUGUCAAUUUGUAUUACGAAAUCUGCUCGCUGAUAGCUCCACAGUACUUCGAUGACGGUGAACUCGUUUUAGAGUCUGCUUGUGAUAAUAUCUGUCAUUGGCCCGCAUUGGCGGCGGGCGAAUCGCUGACAUUGCAUUUAUUAGGAACGAUUUUUCAAACGGUCAUACCGAAAGUGAAUAGCAAAUCGAAUGGCAAUGCUCAAACGAACAGCGAAUCGAUCGGUACACAACUGUUGGACAAUUCGAUAAAUCAAUUGCCGCCGCAAGUGCUGUCUUCCGUACACGAAAUCGACAUAUUUCGUAGCUUGAGUAGCGUUGUGACACACAUCCAUUUGCUGUGGGAAUUGGUGUUAACCGGCGAACCGAUUGUGGUCAUGGGUUCGUCGCCUACCGAUUGUUCGUUGAUGGUACAGUCACUCAUGAGUCUCAUAGCUCCCAUUGCCUACGCUGCCGAGAGUCGUCCAUACUUUACGAUUCAUGACAGUGAAUUCAAAGAAUUUACACAACAAAAUCAAGGUCCUCCACCCGUCAUAUUGGGCGUUACAAAUCCAUUUUUCGCGAAAACUCUUCAACACUGGCCGCAUACCAUUCGACUGAUAGAGAGCGGCAGUAACCACAAUACAUCGUCAAUCGGGCAAAAUUUACGUAAAGUGAAAAGUUCGUCACGUUUGUUGGAACUGUCGCCUGGCGUUUACACGCAAUACAAAGCCUUCCUACAAAAGGAUAAGUCGGUCAUCAAGAAGGUGAUACUGGGCGUGAAAAUGUCUCGACCGAGUGCAGUACAAUCGUGUUUGUUGCGUCGCCACCUGUUGGAACUGACACAGAGCUUUAUGAUACCGUUGGAACGAUAUAUGGCGUCGUUGAUGCCGCUGCAAAAGGAUAUUUCACCGUUCAAAGCGGCACCGACACCACAUCAAUUCAAGCAGGACGAUUUUCUGGCAACGCUGGAAAAUUCCGGCCCACAGCUGACGUCAAGCUUGAAGGGAGACUGGGUGGGGUUGUACAAACGAUUUUUCCGGUCGCCGAACUUUAAAGGAUGGUACGAGAAUCGGUACAUGGAAUUGACACAGACCUUACAGGCGUUAGCAACGCAAGCUCUGUCGGAUGCGAACCUCAACAAAUGGGUGGAAGGGAAGCAUGAGGUGGAAAUUGUCGACAUGAUUCUAAAACUGCAACAAAAGCUCAAGAUUUGCAACGACAAUUUCGAUCAGCUCAGUCCAACGACAUCAACGAACAAUAAUACGAAGGAGCAAUUGCUCAAGCAUUUAGAAGAUAUGAAACGUUUGUUGCCUGAUGACCUGAAAACUAUACUGAGCAACACAUGAUGGUUGGCUGACGGACGGCAGAGAUGAGCAGUUAGGUAGGAAAUUAAUUGAAAAUUUUUGUAAUUUGUAUGGGAUAACGCUCCUCCGAGUUUUUAUUUUGUUAGAUGAAAUCGAGAUUUUUUUCGCCGUUUGUAGUGAUCGGUUGACGAAUUGAAAUGAAACGUUUUGUGUCGCUCAUUCCGAUUCCGAAUCGACCACCAAACACAAUUAUACUCAGAUACGGUAGUGUCAA